UGAGAAAGUGCUUCUCUUUAUAUCCCACAGGCCACAACAAUCCAUCCACCUUCUCUCUGUUGUGACGGUGGAGAGAUGUCAGAGGAGGAGCAUCUGAAACCUGUGAAGAUCCAUGAAACCGGGUCCGAGAAUUUCGGGUUUUGCGUCGAACCGGUUGGUGUUUCUCAAGUGCCUGGGAUAAGGAGAGUGGGUUUGAGAGCUGAGAUCGAUACUUCUCCUCCUUUCGGUUCGGUUCAAGAGGAGGUGAACCGGUUAGGUGGUCGUGGGUAUUGGGUUCCUUUCAAGCUCGAAGACAACUACAAUGGUGAGGGGGAGUUUGACAUAAAGAGAAUGGAAGAGCAUGCAGCAGAGCUAGAGAAAGAUCUGAUAGUAAAAGAGCUAGAAACUCUAGAUGUUCUAGAAGCACUUGGAACAACCAAAAGGAUCGUUGAAGACUUGAAACGGCAGCUUCAUCAUGAGUCCUUGAGAUCAUCAGCAGAACAGAUCAAAGAGAUGAACAACGAUGAGCAUAACAAUCACAAUCCCAUGUCAUCAUCUCCUGAUUUGAUCUUGAUGGAACUGAAGCAAGCCAAGAUAAAUCUUGGUAAAACCAUGAAUGAUCUUGAGAUGAUCCAAUGCUCUGUUGAGUCUUUAAACAAGAAAAUGAAAGAAGAGAAAGAGUUUCUUGACAAGGCAAGAGAGAAGCUUACGUAUGAAACACCAAUUGUUGCUGAAACAACAGAUGAAAAGAGUUUAAAGAAUCAGAACAAGAACUGUCUGAGAACUGCAGAGAUGAGACUUGCUGCUGCUAGGAAAAUGGAGGAAGCUGCAAGAGCAUCUGAAGAACUUGCUUUUGCUGAAAUAACAAUGCUAUCAUCAGCCAACGGUGAAAGUGAGGAUGAUGGUUCAGAGUUUUGCUUUCCAGAGCCUCCAAGAUCACCGUUUAGUACACCGAGAGGGUUUGGUAAUGAGAACGAGUCAAGAAGAGGGAUGAUCUUGAAGAAGCUUGAAGAAGCUACAGAAGGAGUUAAAGAAAGUAAACAAGCUUUGGAAGAUGCGUUGAACCGAGUAGAGAUUGCUAAUGAGAAGCAACUUGAAGCUGAAACUGCUUUCCGCGGGUGGAGCAAACAUCAAACUCGACGCUCCUUCUUCAGCCAUAUGAACAAGCAGCAUGAGCCACUCAACAGUCUAUCCAAGCCAGUGUUGAAGUCUAACGUCUCAAUGCGUGAUGUACUAAGGCGUAAGCAAGUUCCAAAGGAAGAUGUUCACAAGAGGCAGAGUGUUGAAGGAGAAACACCGAGGCGGCAUGUGAAUUUGAGCCAAAUGUUGAAUGAACUUAAACAGGAUGUGAAAGAGGAGGUGCGUGAAGAGAAACGGUUUGUUACGCAGAGGAGGAAGUUUGGGUUCAUACACAUUACACUUCCAAUGCACAAGCAGAGUAAGAAAAAAUAA